UUUGUAAUGGUGGCAGCUUAGCAGGUUUUGUCAGGAUGAGCCUCUUACUGUCCCUUGAAAUCAUCUGCAUUUUCCUGUUCUGCCAAGGGCUGCUGGUACAGGGUAUACAAGAACUUCAUGCCAACCAAGAAACCAUUGUCAAGAUUUCAGCAGCUGGUCAAUUGAUGCAGUGCUCCGCUUCAGUAGAUAUCCUGUUCCUGUUAGAUGGGUCCUAUAGCAUCGGCAAAGGCAGCUUCGAAAGGUCUAAGCACUUUGCAAGCAAACUCUGCGAUGCCCUGGACAUCAACCCAGAUAGGGUCCGUGUGGGAGUAAUGCAGUUUAGCUCCACUCCUUGGCUAGAAUUUCCCUUGGAUUCAUACUUAACCAAACAAGGAGUCAAAGAGAAAAUCAAGAAAAUUGCAUUUAGAGGUGGGAACACAGAGACAGGUCUCGCACUGAAAUACAUUCUCCGGAAAGGUUUCCCUGGUGGCAGAAAUUCCUCCGUCCCUGAAAUCCUGAUCAUCCUUUCGGAUGGAAAAUCACAGGGCACCAUAGCAAUCCCUGCUAAGCAGGUGAAGGAAAGGGGGAUCAUGGUGUUUGCCAUAGGAGUCAAGUUUCCAAGGUGGGAGGAGCUGCACGUGUUGGCCAGUGAACCGACCGAACAGCAUGUGCUGUUUGCUGAGCAUGUGGACGAUGCCACCAAUGGCCUUUACAGCACCCUUACCAGCUCCACCAUCUGCAGCGCAGUAUCUCCAGGUUGUAAGAUUGAAUCUCAUCCUUGUGAACGCAAGACACUGGAGACUGUGAAGGAGCUUGCUGGGAUCUACAUGUGUUGGAAGGGCUCCAAGAGACCAAAUGCAGUGCAUGCAUCGCUUUGCCCAUUUUAUAGUUGGAAAAGAGUCUUGAUAAAACACCCAUCCAGAUGCUACCGAACCACAUGUCCAGAUCCCUGCGAUUCCCAGCCUUGCCAGAAUGGAGGUACGUGUGUCCCAGAGGGACUGGAAAAAUACCACUGCGUCUGCCCGGUUGGAUUUGGAGGUGAUGCCAGAUGCGCACCAAAGCUGAGCCUGGAGUGCAGCGUGGACCUCCUGUUCCUGGUGGACAGCUCAUCUGGUACCAGCCUGGAGGGAUUCCUGCGCUACAAGGCUUUCUUGAAGCGGUUUGUCCAAGCGGUAUUGAGCAGGGACACCCCAGCAAAGGUCGGCGUGGCUCAGUACAGCAAUAACGUCACGGUCCCCAUUGCAGUGGGAGCCUACGAGGAUGUGCAUGGUCUCGUGAGGAGCAUCGAUGCCAUGCUCUUCACUGGAGGAGAAACCCUCACCGGCCGUGCCCUUUGCUACAUUGCUCAGCACGGCUUUAAGAGUGCUCCAGGCUUCACGGACGCCCGUGUCGAGCUGCCCCGAGUGGUGGCCUUGUUCACAGAUUCAGAGUCCCAGGAUCCGGUGGCAGAAGCGGCCAAACAUACCCGGGACCAAGGAGUCUUCCUGAUCGGUGUGGGCAGCGAGUUCCUGCGGGUGGAGCUGGAUGGCAUUACAGGGAGCCCGAAGCAGACCAUUGUCUACUCCAACCCCCAGGAUCUGUUCAACAAGAUCCCUGAGCUGCAGAAAACCAUCUGCAGUGUAGACAGACCUCCAGGCUGCCAGUCUCAAUCCCUGGACCUGGUGUUUGCGCUGGCUGCCUCGACAGGCGUGGGCAAGGAGAACUUCCUGCGGCUGCGGGACUUCGUCAGCUCCAGCUCCCUCCAGUUUGACAUCAACCGGGAUGUCACCCAGAUCGGCCUCGUUGUCUAUGGCAGCAGAGCCCGCACGGUGUUUGCACUGGACACGCACACCACCGCUACGGCCCUCCUUGAAGCCAUCGACAGCGCGCCUUUCGUUGGCGGCUCAGCCUCCGUUGGCAGUGCCUUGCUGCGCAUCCAUGACGAUGUCAUGACGGUCCCCAGGGGGGCCAGGCCAGGCGUGAGCAAGGCGGUGUUGGUGAUCACGGAUGGCGGGGGCGCGGAGGAUGCAGCAGUUCCAGCUCAGCAGCUGCGGGACAACGGCGUGCUGGUGUUUGUUGUGGGCAUCGGGGGCGUCCAGCGUGACGUGUUGCUCAGGAUUACCGGGUCACCCCACCAUCUGAUGCAUGUCCCCUCUUACGAAGAGCUGCCAAAUCACAAAGACUUCAUCAUCAGAAGAAUAUGUGAAGAGGCCAAGAGCCCUGUGAACCUGUGCAAACCCAACCCCUGCAUGAACGAGGGCGUGUGUGUACUCGGGAACGGCAGCUACCGGUGCGAGUGCCGCGGCUGGGAAGGACCGCACUGCGAAAGCAGAAUUUUGAGGGGUGAUUCUUCCAGAUCCCUGCUCCGUCCCCGAACACAGUGGAAUCAGAGUCGGGGAUUGCAGCCGUUUUACAGAGCUCGCCGGCACGCCGGAAGACAUGCCCGCCCUCAACACUGAGUUGGACGGUCUCAGUAUUUCCAGUCGCCUUUUGCUUAGGGUCAUCAAUAUACAAGAAGAUCUGGCAAGCAGUUACCAAGUACUUCAACGAAUGGUUUAGUCUCCUAGAGACUGAAUUGGUGUCGCGCAGAAUUCACGUGUGACGUGAGCUGGGUUGGCCCGCAGCCAGUGCUGUUUUACUUUUUUGUAAUGCGUUUUGUUGUGCGUCUAUAUAUUUAUUAUCGACAUGCUGCUUCUCCGCGCCACGAAAUUAGUGUAUUCCACUUUUUGUUUUCCACAGACAUCUUGAAAGACGUUUGAAUCAGCAUGAACACGUGGGAAAAGCUAGCAAUGUGGGGGUUCAGGCACAAAGGGAAUAACUCUAAGAAGAUAUUGGGAGGUGGACGUGUAUGAAGUGCAGGCUGGUACUAGUGAGUACGAUUAAGCAUUCAAAAAACACCCCAAAGGUUGAAAUGGAUUCUCCAUCACAUGAAAUCUUUCAUUCAAGACUGGGUGUCUUUCUAAUAGAAAUGCCCAAGUUCAGCCAGAAGUGAUGGUUUUGAUGGAAAAAUGGGCAGCGAGAUUAUAUAGGGAGGUCAGAACAGAUGAUUACAAUAGACCCUGCUGGGCUUACUCUAUACCAGUAUGAUUGGACAAAGCCAGAGACUUGGGUUCAGUAAAGGAGUUCGAGUGCCUUGAGCUGGCUGUAACGUGCUGACUGUCUUUACCAGCACCGUAAAAUAUCCCAGCAGUUAGUCACGAGAAUGAAUCGCUUGUUAAACACCGGGAAACAUCCAAGCGAGAGGAUUGAGCGCCGGUGAUGCUCUUCAUUAAGUUUUGCUUAUUUUUCCUGUGUGCCAAAUGUGCUGAUGUUUCCUUGCUGCGCUCUCUCUGUUUAUUGUAUGUUGAGUGAUCUCAUGGGGGUUUCGCUUCAUGGGCAUUUUUAUUAUUCUUUUUAUAAGAAGAUGCCUUCACAUUAAAACGUUAUCUUUGUGCCUAA